UCUUAUCUCGGGUCUUUCUUUAUCUCCUGCUUGACAUCCUUUUCAGCAGCAUUCGCCUGCGGAUUGGGAUUUUGUGCGCCUGCAUUAUCAUUAUCUCUGACGUCCUCGUUCGUAUGUGUAAGUACAGGGUCCGUUGCAAGGACGACCGCCGGUAUGAGGGCGUUCAUCUCCACUCGUUGUUCAUCAGUGAGUUCGUAUGGGAACCGUCCACGUUGGCGACGGUAAUUUCCGAUGAACUGAGCAAACAACGUCGAAGAGGUGCUAGCUUCCAUGUUCUCCUCUGUAGCUUUCCAGUGCACUUUCCCCGUUAUCUGGAAGAAGCGACCAGCAUGCCCUGAAAGGGGAGUGCGAGAUCUGUUCUGUUUGAUAUUCUCCGUGGGGGUGCACAGAAGGCGGGUUUUGCGCGUCAAAGGGUGCCGGUCGUUGCUCUCCGGGAUUACUGGCCAAGUAGAAAUUCUUUCGGGCAGGAAGCUCUCUUAAGAACAUCCACAUUAAUUGGACGCGCACCUCUGCAUCCGUGCUUGACAGUGAUUCCGUCCUGAAAACACACUUAUCUUCAAGUACCAUGAAUACUUUCAAAGCGAAAAGGACAACCCCUCUCGUAGUUGGGACAUGCUUUCGGAACCGUAUACCUUCUCGCUGAUCUCGGUGCCAUGACCAAUAUUUCAGAAAGACACUCGUUCGCUGGUGCUGUUUG